UUCUUCUUCUUCUUCAUCAUAAUCUCUUCUAGUUUUGUUGUUGGGUUCAAGCAGAUGGCAAUCAACGGCUUCAAUUCAUCAAGAUUCAUGUCCCAUGACACGUGUCAAUCGAUUAGGCCAGUGACCAUGCUCCAUGGCAGGACCCAACAAAUACCCAGAAGCAAAUGCGCCCCAAUUAUCAAAUCCACGAGAAAUUCUAAGGUAUUUGAAGACCGUGAAAGAGGAAUAAUUUGUUAUAGAGAUGAUAGUGGGGAGGUGAUUUGUGAAGGAUAUGAUGAGGGUCCCCAUUUUCACCCAAGAGUAACCGAAAAGAGUGCCAAUCAAAGCAUUGAAGCUAGGAUCCUUUGCAUUCUUCUUCAAAGCCGGCUUCGGUUGAUCGAUUGAGUGGUUCAAUUUUCAAGCCUUGAAAAGGUGGGAGGGUCAGUAUUUGAAGACUCAUGAAUAUUAAGUGUAAAAAGAUGAAAAUUUAUGUAAAUUUCUAAAGCGUUGCUUUUUAGGUAAGUUUACAAAUUUGACAAGUAUAUGAGAUGGAUAUGAGUUUUCAUUUUUCAGUUCUACUGAAUAAAUUGUGUAAAAUGGAAAAGUAUGUUAAAUCUCUUCA